CAAGCUGCAGAGGGGCCCGAAGGAGGCGGCUGAGGCGACGCCUUUCCUCCUGACCUCAGGCCAACAGUUGCUUGCGGGAGCGCGCCCUCCCUGACGGGCACGCGCCUUCCUGAACGCCCAAGGCGAGCGCGGGCAAGUACUGUUAGGACUGUGACACUCUGGAGAAAUCUUCUUGAUAUGGGUAUGCUUUCUAGCUAACCCAGGGAUGAAAAGAAAAACAGCAGAGUAUUCAUGGAAGCCAGUACUACAGAGCAAAUCUUCUCCUUGUGACCGAUUUAAGCAUGCCUGCUGCAUCUGCAGGGGGUUCCUUUAUGUUUAUGGUGGACGGCAAAAUACUAGCUUGAAUGAUUUCUGGCGAUACAAGAUAGAGAAUAAUGAAUGGGAGAGGCUGGAAAACUCAGAAGAUGGCCCUGAAGAACUGGAGGAGCACACAAUGGUGGAUUAUCAGGGUAUCCUCUAUAUCUUUGGUGGAAUGGUGGAUUCUGCUUUCACACUGAGAAAGAAUCCUCUUUGGAUGUAUGACACUGAUUCAGCUAAGUGGAUGGAACGCCAACUCACAGCAGGGGAGAGUGAGGGAACGGCUCCUGUUAAUCGGAAGGGCCACAGUGCAGUCGUCUACAAAGGCAUCAUGUACAUGUAUGGUGGAUACGUUGACCUUAAGGGCGCUUCUCAAGAAUUCUGGACUUUAUGUCUAAAUAAAAAACAGUGGACACCAGCUGUAUCUUACGGUGGCAGCCCAGGCCCUCGACAUGGCCACUCAGCUGUGGUUCAUGGCAACAACAUGUACUUGUUUGGAGGGCUGGUGGGUCUGAGUGAACAAAAAGACUUCUGGAAGUGGGAUUUCAUGGCUGCCAACUGGUCUAGUAUCAGAACGAGUCACGGGCCUCCUAAAGUGGUGGGACACUCAGCUUUGAUAUUUGAAGAUUCCAUGCUGCUCUUUGGAGGAGGAAUUUCUAAUACCAGGCCAAGCAGUAUUCUGUGGAAAUACCAUUUUCCAUCUCGGAUGUGGAAACAACUGGCUAGGACAACAGAACCUUCAUCCAAAGCUUUUCACUGCAUGUUGGGGAUUGGAUAUGGCUUCCAAGGGAUUGCUGGUUCUUCAAGGAAGUCACUCAGCUAUUUGCAUCAAAAGGAAAUGGGCUGUUCAAAGCUACUGGCAAUCUCUAAGCAGCACUCCUGUUUCUGUGAGUAUAUUCACCAGGAGCCCUCAUACCAAACAUUCAGUAAUGACGGCAGCACUGAAAUUGAAAUGAAAACCUUUUACCUGUCUCAGGAGGAGCCAGGAUUUUGCUCACGCCAAACCACUUCGAGUUCAGAACUGAGUGCAAAUGAGAAAGCAUGCAUAUUGUCCGAGAGAGAGAGAACAUCCUACCUAAACCUACCAAGAGAACAGGAGUUUGCCACUCUUGACUUGACAGAGGAAAAUGCAAGCUUCAUUGAUCUGACACCUGCCUCUGUGGACAUUGGUGAGUCUUCUGCCUCCAUGGACAUUCAUGAGUCUUCUGCUGUGCUGCUGCUUAUUGGAGGUAAACCUUUGUCAAGUUCCUCUUCAAUUUCAUUUUGGCAAAUGGAGCUAGACAAAAUUUAAAUGGCGCAUAUACACAUACUAAGGAGGGAGAACAAAAAUACACCUGGCCUUGUGGUAGUGAUAAUCCAUACUGUUGUAUUUUACCCAUUUUGUCAUGAAACCAAAAUGCCAUGUGAAUAUGAAGUAAUUAAGUAUUUGAGAAUGGCAGCGUUACCACUUCAUGGAGCCACUCACUCAGGGAAAUAAACCAUGCUGCUAUUUUCAAUGAAUUGGUUUAGGCCUGCAUACUUGGAUUAAGCAGCUUCAGUGUGAAUGCAGAGAAAAAGUGUCCACUAACCCUGCUGCUUGUUCCUACAGUUAAUUAUUUUAUUUAUAUAGAGCAGAGCUGCUCAAAUUGUGGCCAAUGGUGGUCUGCAGCAUGGCUCUGGAUUUGUAGUUGAAGAUGGAACAUCAAGAGUUGUGUUGAUUUUUAAUGGUUUUUUAUGCCUUAUAUUGUAUUCUUACUGAAUUACAAUUUGAAAUCUAUGGCAUAUGAAUUGGAAUACAAUAUAUAGAAAACAAAAGGAACAAUAAAAUACCAUUAAGAAUCAUACUGCAGCCAGCCUAGCACAUUACAGUUGCUACAACAGGCACAAAACUCUUUAAUCAGUCUACCAAGACUCUCGGCAACCUUCAAGCAGUCCAUGAGAAAACGUUUUGGAAGCACUGCUUUAAGAGUAUUUAAAGUCCCUCUUAGGUUACCUUCUUAAUCCUUACAGCAACCCUGUAAGGUAGGAUCAGAGUUGUUAUCCCAAAGUUGCAGAUAGGAGUGCUGGUAAAAGAUGCUGUCUUACCUAGGUGUACAUAAGGGUAUGUUUAAACCAGUGGACAAAUUACUUCUUAGCUGCUUUGCCAUACCACUUGAAUCUACAUCAUCCCACCAUCUCUAUAUAAAGUGGCCCUGCUAAUUAAUUUUAGACUCCUAGAAAAAGAACCAAAAUUAACUUAAUUCCCCUGUGGUUCAGAUAUGUUAAGGCAAACAGGCUUCUCCCUUAGUCAGGGGUUGAUGGGCACGGUGCACAUCUGUGCAUACACUCACUCCAUCCUUCCCCAGUAGCUAGGCUUUGGGUGGGUGGAGGGUGUCCCCCCUUCUGCCAGUCUACUGGAAGAUAUGAUCUACCUGGAGUUUAGGUGGGGAAACGAGAUAAUCUCCCCCUAGCUUUUUCCAAAACUACCGGUAAUUGUAGAAGGGGUAUGUGCAUGCCACAGUUGGGGCUGCAUGCGACUCUUAAUCUCAGAGUCAAGGGUUUGAGCCCCACAUUGGGGAAUAUAUUCCUGCAUUGCAAGGGGUUGUACUGCAUGACCCUUGUGGUCCCUUCCAACUCUACAGUUCUAUGAUUCUAUAGUAACUGAAUAUUAUGCUGAAAACCAGUUCUGGUGCUUUGCUGGUCCCCAAUGACGGAUAGUUUUGUUGUUUGGCCAUUCCCACCAGUGAGUCUUGAAAUCUGUUGUGCUCAGUCAGAGAUGGAAAAUGAUACCUUGAAGUUACCCUUUCCUGACAUUUGCCAGAAAACAAGAUUGCAAAGUACACGGCUAUUGUAAAAGCCUGUCGUAUGUAGGCCUUGUCAGUUUGAGAAGUGCUGCUCUCCAAAUUGUCUUUAAAAGUUUAGCUACCACUAAACAGCACAUGGUGAGCUUUAUAAGUGAUCUUAUUUUUAUAUUUUUAGACUUUGACAUUUAUUUUUUGUGAUAAAACUACAUAAAAUUAUGUUACUAUGCUUUUGUGAUUAAACUAUAUAAGCAU